AUGCUACCACGAUUGGUGGUUCUACUCCUUCUACUCAAGAGCAUCGUCUACGGAUACAUCGCUCAAGGUGAAAAAUUGAGCGGUCAUCGAUGCUAUAGCUGUAUGUCACGGUAUUACGGCGUAACAUGGCAAUUCGCCGGCUAUUCCAGAAUUUAUGUUGAGCCGAGAGCCUUUACGGACGCGUGCAAAAAUCCACUGACACGCAAUGCUGAUGUACCGUUUGCAUAUUGUGAGGAUACAUCAAACUGCAUCAGUAUGAUUGAGGAUCUUCGAAUAGGCACUGGUGCCAAAGGCUACAUCCGUGGCUGUUUUUCGUCGCUUUUUCUUGCCGGCUUCAACCGCACUGGAUCGUCUGGUGCUCUAGCGGCUCAUUCAUUCUGCCAUACGUUCAACCUCACUCAACUCAUCAGCCGAGGUCAUCCUCAGGAAAGCAGCAUGAGCGUUUGUUCAUGUCGAGGCUCAAUGUGCAAUGGAGCCGCUAUGUCGUCACAUGGUCGUGACCACUUUCAAGUUCUCCUGGUGCUACUCCUCCUCACAUGGGCGCUAUUGUAGAGCGGAAAGAGAAGGAAAAGACAAGCAAUGAGUGAACCCGGACCAACCACACUUUGACAUUUCUUCAUUUCAGAACAACCCC